UGGGCCAGCUCCCGCUCCGCCGCUACCUACAGCAGUAGCGCACACGGCCAGGACUACCCAGAGGAAGGGUAUGUCUUUGCGUGGGUCCAUCCAGGAAGCUUUCGGUUGACAAAAGUCUUUGCGCACGAACAAUCGGCUGCUGCUGGUUGUACAUCUCCGCCUCCUACGGCCACCCAUGAGCGACACCCUACAUCGACCAUCAUUCGCAGGGCAAUAUUACACAUACGCACAGGAAUUGCGGCACGCGGUCAAGAUGGUGGCACCUUCUAGCAACAAGCAGGAGGAGGGGUCCGUGGCGGCAACAAGCCCCAAGAAUGCCAACGCCAGCAAAGCCAAGGCGAAGAGCAGCAGCUCGAAGGGGAAACGACGAAAGUUGCCCAAGGCGGUCACCAAUCGAUCAGCAAACGAAACACCCGCCGGGGGAGGUGCAGCUAUCGCCAAGAAUCAGAGGAGCAGCAAUGGUAGCGGCAAGACCGCGAUGGAGGUCGAGGGCGACGGCAAGAUCAACAAGGAGGCAAAGGCCUUGAUCGAGCUGGAGAAGCCGAGACUGUGGCAGACUUUGGAGGAGCUAAGGGACCGCGCGAGAGACGUCGAAGAGAAAGUGGCGUCUCUCUCGGAGCGGGCACGGGAAGAAAUGGACGAGGAUCCUUGGCCGAGACAUGAGGGGGCUUCUUUCUUGGCGCUCAAGCAGACGCUGCUCCUGAGCUACUGCCGCGAGAUCUGCUCCUACGCGGCUGCCAAGGCGAGGGGCGAGGCCCUGGGAGGGGGGGGGGCAGCGGGGAGGCUGGUGGAGCUCCGGACGGUCAUGGAGAAGCUCAGGCCGAUGGACAGGAAGCUCAAGUACCAGACGGACAAGCUUUUGCGGGUGGCGGCAUCUGCCGGGGGCUCCGCGGACGGGGAAGUGGGAGGUAGCGGUGGCGACGACGAUCCCCUCAGUUUCAGGCCUCGCCCGGAGGGGAUGGCGCCGUGGGGCGAAGACCCCAGCACAGCGGCGGAAGACAGCGGAAUCGAUGCGGAAAGGUCGUCAUCAUCGGCAGGGCGAGGAGGGGAGGCGGACCAGGAGGGCCUAUACAGAGCACCGCGUCUGGCUUCGAUGCCCUACGACGAGGACGGUCUGUCGACCGGCGCCGCGAGGGGAGAGAAGAGACUGGAGCGUCGGAGAGACAAGCUGCGCCGCGGGGAGGUGAUGGAGACCCUUCGCGAAGAGUUCGGCGAACAGCCCGAGACUGUCAGGGCGGUGGGGAACGCCGGAGCCUCGGGUGUGUCGGAGGCUAAGAUGAAGAAGCUGCUGGAGGAGGACAAGGAGCGCCUCGACUUCGAAGAGGACCACAUGGUUCGCUUGACCGUUACGCGAAAGGCCAAGAAGGCGAGGGCGAGGAUGGAGAAGGACGCCGGCCGCCUGGAGACCAUCGCCGACGUCGGCAGCGCGGCCGACUUCAUUCGAGUCGCCAAGAACGCGGAUGGCUUUGGAGCUGAUAUGGAAGGCGGGGACGAUGAUGCCUUCGGGGGGGGCGCCGGCAGGGGAAGAAAAAAGCAGAAGGGGGGAGGGGGGGCUCUUGGUCGCGCCAUGGGAGCCGUGGGCGGGAGCAUGUCGGGGGGGGGCUACGCAGAAGGGGGCAACGGGAAGGGAAGGAAGAAGAAGCGCCGACGAUAAAAGACUUGCGCAUUUUGCUCGUUGUGGUGAUCGUCUUAUGUGGCACAUAAAUUUUACACGAUUCUGUCGAAUAACCAACGGAAUUUUGGGGUAGUGAAGGUGUGUUUGGACUUUGCUGAGGUCUGGGCUGCUGCAUCCCCCGCGGCCUACUCGUGGAAGGGAAAAUAUUCCGCAACUACGCCAGCAAAGGGGGUCCUUUUCUCUUCUAGUUUGUUGUCCUUGGAUUGGAACUAAUUACAUCGCCUCUGUGCAGCGGCUUGCAACCUACGGUUGUUCCGGUCACGCUUCCAGACUUCGACCAUGGAUGGGCAGAGAUCGUCGACGUGCCGUUCGGCCACACUAGGCUUUGAAACCUGAAGCGGACGGGGGUGGGCUCUGUGAAGUCGAUAGCUCUGAGCGUCCUUACCCUGCAGAUUCCGCUCGUUCACUCCGAUAACCGUUGAGAGAGGAGAGCACAGUUACUCUGGUUUUUAUCGUUUAGUAUGUUGGCGUUGAAACUUGCCAAAUGAUGGGCCAACAGCACCGGACACAUGGCGGCGUGGGAGCAGCGGCAGCAUCAGCAGAGUUGCUGUGUAGGUCUCUUCAUGCCGAG